GUAAGCCGCAUAUAGCGGUAAUCUGCCAAAUAAAAUAAUUUUAAAAAUAUUUUGUGAAGAAAACUUUACAUUGUUUAAUUGAAAUAAUUAAAACGUAACAUCAUUUAAAAAAGUGUAAUACGAAGGAGUCGAAAAAAUGGGCGACUCCCUGGAUGGGAGUGAAAACACUCCCGAACCCCAAAAUGUGGUUGUAGUAGAUUAUUCUGCUUUCGCGAAUUAUAUUCGGAAAGCAGUUACAGUUUUAUUACCUGAAGAUGACGUUGUACCCCCUUCUUUAAAUUCCGCUUUAGAAGAUCGUACUAAUCAAGAAUGUAUCAAGAAAUUUUUAAGUGAUCCGCAAGUUUCGUGUUUAUUUAUUCAACGUAGCUCUUCUAAAGAUGAUGAUAAUGAUCAACCAACUGAAGGUGAAGAAGAAAAAGAUCCAAUUUCAUACUACAUUUCCAAUGAAGUGCAUUUUACAAAUCCAAAAAUGUCAAGUUUGGUUUGUAUUAAACGUGGUGCUGUUAUUGAAGCUGACAAAAGUAUUCACACGCAAUUACGACUAAUCAACUUCAGUGAUGGAUCUCCUUACGAAACAUUGCAUGCUUUUAUUAGCAAAACUAUGGCUCCUUAUUUUAAAUCUUACGUUAAAGAGUCUGGUCGUGCUGAUAGAGAUGGAGAUAAAAUGGCACCUUCAGUUGAAAAGAAAAUUGCUGAAUUGGAAAUGGGACUUCUUCAUUUACAACAAAACAUAGAUAUCCCUGAAAUUACAUUACCAGUUCAUCCAAUUGUAGCUCAAUUAAUAAAACGUUGUGCCGAUGAAAACAGAAAACCAAAAGUAUCUGAUUUUGGCGAUCGUUUAGAAGAUUCAACAUUUUUAAAUCAAUUACAAAAUGGUGUGAAUCGUUGGAUCAAAGAAAUUCAAAAAGUUACAAAAUUAGAUAGAGAUCCUUCAUCAGGCACAGCUUUGCAAGAAAUAAGUUUUUGGUUAAAUUUAGAACGAGCCUUACAUCGCAUACAAGAAAAACGUGAGAGUAUUGAAGUAGCACUCACUUUAGAUAUUUUGAAGCAUGGAAAACGGUUUCAUGCUACUGUUAGUUUUGAUACAGAUACUGGUUUAAAACAAGCUUUAGAAAUUGUUAAUAAUUAUAAUCCAUUAAUGAAAGAUUUUCCAAUUAACGAUCUAUUGGCUGCUACAGAAUUAGAACGAAUUCGCGUUGCAGUCCAGCAAAUUUUUAGCCAUUUACGUAAAAUCCGUACUACUAAGUAUCCAAUUCAACGUGCAUUACGUCUUGUAGAAGCUAUUUCUAGAGAUUUAGGUGCACAAUUAUUGAAAGUUUUGGGAACACGUCGAUUAAUGCAUAUUCCAUUUGAUGAGUUUGAAAAAGUAAUGACUCAAUGUUUUGAAGUCUUUUCAACUUGGGACGAUGAAUACGAUAAAUUACAAGGAUUGUUACGUGAUAUCGUAAAAAAGAAGAGAGACGAACAUUUAAAAAUGGUGUGGCGUAUUUCACCCCAACAUAAACGGCUUCAAAAUCGAAUGGAACAUAUGAGACGUUUUAGACGUCAUCAUGAGCAAUUACGAACAGUAAUUGUUCGUGUUCUUCGACCAACAGUACGGCAAAAUUCAAUAAUUCAACAAGGUGGUGGCGAUACUCCGUUACCCCAGAAAACUGAUGUUCUUGCAAUUGACGCAGCUGAUGCAAAUGCUAUUGAGGAAGUGAACUUAGCAUAUGAAAAUGUUAAAGAAGUUGAUUGUUUAGAUAUUUCACGUGAAGGUCUAGAAGCUUGGGAUGCUGCCGUUCAAAGAUAUGAAGAACGAAUUGAUCGUGUUGAAACUAGAAUUACAGCGCAUUUACGUGAUCAAUUGGGGACCGCAAAAAAUGCAAAUGAAAUGUUUCGUAUAUUUUCUCGAUUCAAUGCAUUAUUUGUUCGACCACAUAUCCGUGGAGCAAUUCGUGAAUAUCAGACACAUUUAAUUCAACGCGUGAAAGACGAUAUUGAAGCUUUGCAUGAAAAAUUUAAGGUUCAAUAUCCUCAAAGUAAGAGCUGUCGUAUUAGUAUGGUACGUGAUCUGCCGCCAGUAGCUGGUUCAAUUAUUUGGGCAAAACAAAUCGAUCAUCAAUUAACAACUUAUUUACGACGCGUUGAAGAUGUACUUGGUAAAGGUUGGGAAAAUCACAUCGAUGGUCAGAAACUUAAAGCUGAUGGUGAUAGUUUUCGAUUAAAAUUAAAUACCCAAGAAAUUUUUGAUGAUUGGGCACGCAAUGUACAAUCUCGGAAUAUUGGUGUGUCAGGAAGAAUAUUCACUAUUGAAUCGGUGCGGUCACGAAGUGGUCGUGGAAACAUUCUUAAAUUGAAAGUUAAUUUCUUACCAGAAAUUAUAACGCUCUCUAAAGAAGUACGCAAUUUAAAGAAUUUAGGAUUCCGAGUUCCAUUGGCGAUUGUAAACAAAGCUCAUCAAGCAAAUCAACUUUAUCCGUUUGCGAUUUCAUUAAUAGAAAGUGUCCGAACAUAUGAAAUGACUUUGGAAAAGCUGACAAGUCGGAUAAAUGCACAAAAUCAAUCUCUUAACAAGAUUGAAGAUAAAACCAGCAUUGUACCAUUAGUUGCUGGUAUGCGUAAAGAAGUACUUACUUUAAUAUCAGAAGGUAUAGGACUCGUCUGGGAAAGUUAUAAAUUAGAUCCAUAUGUCCAACGAUUGUCUGAGGCUGUUGUCAGCUUCCAAGAGCGUGUGGAAGAGCUGGUUGUUGUAGGUGAACAAUUGGAUGUAGACGUUCGUUCAUUAGAGACAUGUCCCUAUUCAGCAAAUACUUUUGCUGACAUUUUGGCUAAAAUUCAACAUGCUGUGGAUGAUUUGUCUUUGAAACAAUACUCGAAUUUAAAUGUUUGGGUAUCAAGAUUAGAUGAAGAGGUUGAAAAAAAUCUGGCUGCUCGUUUACAAGCCGGAAUUCAAGCAUGGACAGAUGCACUAAAUGGAACUAAAAAAGAAAUUGAUCACAGCAUGGAUACUGAUGCUCCAGCUCAACCAACACAUAAGCCUGGUGGUGAUCCUCAAAUCCAAACUGUUGUACAUGAAGUUCGUAUCACCAAUCAAGUGAUGUAUUUAUAUCCAAGUCUUGAAGAUGCUCGUUUUCAAAUUAUGCAACAAUUAUUUGCUUGGCAAGCAAUUGUUACAUCCCAAGUUCGAUUGCAAAGCAGUCGAUAUCAAGUUGGCUUGGAUCGUCCCACAACUCAAACCUAUCGCAAUAUUUUAACUAAAUUACCUCAAGGAAGUAUUGUUUUGGAAAGUGCUUAUGGCGCUAUUGAAACUAAAAUGAAAGAAGUUAAAGCUUAUGUAAAUGAAUGGUUGUGCUACCAAUCACUCUGGGAUUUACAAGCAGAUACUUUAUAUGGUACACUUGGCGAAGAUAUUAACUUGUGGAUGAAAUGUUUGAAUGAUAUUAAGAAAACACGCACAACAUUCGAUACUUCAGAUACUCGUAGAGAGUUUGGUCCAGUUAUUAUUGACUUUGCCAAAGUUCAAAGUAAAGUAUCAUUGAAAUAUGAUUCCUGGCAUAAGGAAACAUUAGGAAAAUUCGGGUCAUUACUUGGCAAUGAAAUGGCUGGAUUCCAUACACAAGUAUCAAAAUCUAGAUCAGAAUUAGAACAGCAAUCAAUUGAAGCAGCUAGUACAUCUGAUGCCGUUAGCUUUAUUACAUAUGUGCAAUCAUUAAAACGUAACAUGAAAACAUGGGAGAAGCAGGUAGAAGUAUAUCGUGAAGGUCAACGUAUAUUAGAACGUCAACGUUUCCAAUUCCCAAGCUCGUGGCUUCAUGUUGAAAAUUUAGAAGGCGAAUGGGGUGCAUUCAAUGAAAUUAUUAAACGUAAAGAUUCAUCAAUUCAAACUCAAGUUGCUAGUUUACAAAUGAAAAUUGUAUCGGAAGAUAAAGCUGUGGAAACACGUACUAAUGACUUUUUGGCUGAUUGGGAACGUGGAAAACCGGUUGAAGGUCAUCUUCGACCAGAAGAUGCAUUAAGUCAAUUGCAAUUGUUUGAGAGUAAAUUCUCACGUCUAAAAGAGGAACGUGAUAAUGUAGCCAAGGCAAAAGAAGCUUUGGAAUUACAAGAACCAGGUGGUGUUAGCACUAGCGAAGAUAAAAUGCAAGUGGUGUUUGAAGAGUUACAAGAUUUACGUGGCGUAUGGUCGGAAUUAUCACGUAUUUGGACACAAAUCGAUGAAACACGAGAAAAACCGUGGCUUUCUGUACAACCUCGUAAACUACGACAACAAUUGGAUGCUAUGAUGGCCCAAUUGAAAGAAUUGCCAGCUAGACUCCGUCAAUAUUCUUCGUAUGAAUAUGUUAAAAAAUUACUUCAAGGUUACACCAAGGUCAAUAUGAUGAUUGUUGAAUUGAAAUCAGAUGCAUUGAAAGAACGUCACUGGAAACAACUUACGCGUCAGCUACGUGUAGAUUGGGUUUUAUCAGAUCUAACAUUGGGACAAGUUUGGGAUGUAAAUCUACAGAAAAAUGAAAAUAUUGUAAAAGAUAUAAUAUUGGUUGCACAAGGAGAAAUGGCACUAGAAGAAUUUUUGAAACAAGUGCGAGAAUCUUGGCAAAGUUAUGAACUUGAUUUAAUUAACUAUCAAUCUAAAUGUCGAUUAAUUCGUGGUUGGGAUGAUUUGUUUAACAAAGUAAAAGAACAUAUUAAUUCUGUAGCAGCUAUGAAACUAUCACCCUAUUAUAAAGUUUUUGAAGAGGAGGCACUUACUUGGGAAGAGAAAUUAAACAGAAUUAAUGCAUUAUUUGAUGUCUGGAUUGAUGUACAAAGACGUUGGGUAUACUUAGAAGGGAUAUUUUCUGGAAGCGCUGAUAUAAAAACUUUACUGCCAGUGGAAACAUCACGAUUUCAUAGUAUUAGCUCAGAAUUUUUGGGUUUAAUGAAAAAAGUUGGUAAAUCACCAAUGGUAAUGGAUGUUUUAAAUAUUCCUGGUGUACAACGUUCAUUGGAACGUUUAGCUGAUUUACUUGGAAAAAUUCAAAAAGCUCUUGGUGAAUAUUUGGAGAGAGAACGUACUUCGUUUCCACGGUUUUAUUUCGUUGGUGAUGAAGAUUUACUUGAAAUCAUUGGUAAUAGUAAGAAUAUUGCACGUUUGCAAAAGCACUUCAAAAAAAUGUUCGCCGGUGUUGCUGCAAUUUUAUUAAAUGAGGAUAACACUGUCAUCCUUGGAAUUGCAUCACGCGAGGGAGAAGAGGUGAAAUUUGGUACGCCCGUUUCAACUGUUGAUCAUCCAAAAAUUAAUGAGUGGUUAACUCUUGUCGAAAAAGAAAUGCGUGUAACACUGGCUUCAAGUCUAGCACAAGCUGUUCAAGAUAUUAAACAGUUUAAAGAUGGUUCAAUCGAUCCACAAGCUUACAUGGAAUGGUGUGAUAAAUAUCAAGCACAAAUUGUUGUUCUUGCUGCACAAAUUUUGUGGAGCGAAGAUGUUGAAAAUGCUUUACUAAAAAUGAAUGGAGUUGCUGAUAAUAUUGCACCACUGGAACGUGUAUUAUCAACAGUUCAAAAGACAUUAAACGUUUUAGCUGAUUCUGUAUUGCAAGAACAGCCAGCUUUACGAAGAAAAAAAUUGGAACAUUUGAUUAAUGAAUUUGUUCAUAAACGGACAGUAACACGUCGUUUAAUUUCGAAUAGCGUAUGCAGUCCAAAAGCAUUUGAAUGGUUAUGUGAAAUGCGAUUUUAUUUUGAUCCACGUCAAAGUGAAGUAUUGAAGCAAUUAACAAUUCAUAUGGCCAAUGCUAAAUUUUAUUAUGGUUUUGAAUAUUUGGGUGUACAAGAUCGUCUCGUUCAAACGCCACUCACGGAUCGUUGUUAUUUAACAAUGACACAAGCAUUAGAAUCACGUUUAGGUGGUUCACCAUUUGGACCAGCCGGUACUGGAAAAACAGAAUCUGUUAAAGCUUUGGGACAUCAACUUGGUCGAUUUGUCUUGGUGUUUAAUUGUGAUGAGACAUUUGAUUUCCAGGCAAUGGGACGAAUUUUUGUCGGUCUAUGUCAAGUAGGAGCAUGGGGAUGUUUCGAUGAGUUUAAUAGAUUGGAAGAAAGAAUGCUUUCGGCCGUUUCUCAACAAGUACAAACAAUACAAGAAGCAUUAAAAUCUCAAAGUGAAGGAAAUAAAGAAGAUAUUUGUGUUGAACUUGUCGGUAAACAAGUACGAGUUUCUACCGAUAUGGCCAUAUUUAUAACAAUGAAUCCAGGCUAUGCAGGUCGGUCUAAUCUACCAGAUAAUUUGAAGAAAUUGUUCAGAUCUCUAGCCAUGACAACUCCAGAUCGACAAUUAAUUGCCGAAGUAAUGUUAUUCUCUCAAGGAUUUAGAUCGGCCGAAAAAUUGGCUUGUAAAAUUGUACCAUUCUUUAAACUCUGUGAUGAACAAUUAUCAAAUCAAUCUCACUACGACUUUGGUCUACGUGCUUUGAAAUCGGUGUUGGUAUCAGCUGGUAAUGUAAAACGAGAUCGUAUAAUGCGUAUCAAAGAAGGAAUGAGGUCUCGCAGUCAAAGUGAUAUUGAUGAAGCUUCAAUUGCUGAAAAUUUACCAGAACAAGAAAUUUUAAUUCAAUCAGUUUGUGAAACAAUGGUGCCGAAGUUAGUUGCUGAAGAUAUUCCACUUCUAUUUUCAUUAUUAAGUGAUGUAUUCCCGAAUGUUAGCUAUACCAGAGCUGAAAUGGAAGGAUUGAAAGAUGAAAUUAGAAAAGUUUGUCAAGAGGAAUAUUUAGUUUGCGGAGAAGGUGAUGAACAAGGCGGUGCAUGGAUGGAAAAGAAAUUGAUUGGUGAGACAUGGAUAUCAAAGGUAUUACAACUGUAUCAAAUCUGUCAAUUAAAUCAUGGUUUAAUGAUGGUUGGACCAAGUGGUUCUGGUAAAAGUACUGCAUGGCGUGUACUACUACGUGCAUUAGAAAGAUUUGAAGGUAUUGAAGGUGUAGCUCAUGUAAUCGAUCCUAAGGCUAUAUCAAAAGAAGCAUUGUAUGGUGUUUUGGAUCCAAAUACACGUGAAUGGACUGAUGGUUUAUUUACACAUAUUUUAAGGAAAAUUAUUGAUAAUGUUCGUGGAGAAAUUAACAAGCGGCAAUGGAUUAUAUUUGAUGGUGAUGUCGAUCCAGAAUGGGUAGAAAAUUUGAAUUCAGUUCUAGAUGAUAAUAAACUACUUACCCUACCAAAUGGAGAACGUCUUUCGUUACCACCAAACGUACGUGUCAUGUUUGAAGUACAAGAUUUAAAAUAUGCGACAUUAGCCACCGUCUCUCGUUGUGGUAUGGUAUGGUUCUCUGAAGAUGUUUUAUCUACCGAAAUGAUAUUCGAAAACUUUAUGCUUCGCUUACGACACAUUCCACUUGAAGAAGGUGAAGAUGAAGGUCUUAUUAAAAAAUCAAAAGACGCUAAAGAUGAUGCUCUAUCACCUAUGCUACAGUUACAAAAUGAAGUGGCUAGUAUCUUACAAUCAUUCCUUUCACCUGAUGGUCUUGUUGUUCGGUGCUUAGAAUAUGCUAUGCAACAAGAGCAUAUUAUGGAUUUCACUCGUUUGAGAGCAUUAAGUUCUCUAUUCUCUAUGUUAAAUCAAAGUGUGCGGAAUGUAUUAGCAUAUAAUCAUGCGCAUACCGAUUUCCCAUUACCGCCAGAACAAUUGGAACGUUAUAUACCUAAAUGCUUGGUAUAUUCAUUACUAUGGAGUUUUGCAGGAGAUGCAAAACUUAAAGUACGAUCUGAUUUAGGUGAUUUUAUUCGUUCAGUAACAACUGUUCCACUUCCACCAACAAGUAAUGUUCCAAUAAUUGACUAUGAAGUUAGCAUUAGCGGUGAAUGGGCUGCAUGGUCAAAUAAAGUACCUCAGAUAGAAGUUGAGACACAUAAAGUGGCUUCUCCAGAUAUUGUAGUACCUACAUUAGAUACAGUUCGUCACGAAUCGUUAUUGUACACAUGGUUAGCUGAACACAAACCUUUAGUACUUUGUGGGCCACCUGGUUCUGGUAAAACUAUGACGUUAUUCUCAGCUUUACGAGCCUUACCUGAUAUGGAAGUAGUGGGUUUAAAUUUCUCAUCAGCUACAACACCAGAAUUAUUACUUAAAACGUUCGAUCACUAUUGUGAAUAUCGUAAAACUCCAAAUGGUUUAAUAUUAGCUCCAGUGCAGCUAGGAAAAUGGCUUGUGCUUUUCUGUGAUGAAAUUAAUUUACCUGAUAUGGACAAUUAUGGAACACAACGAGUAAUUUCAUUCCUUCGUCAACUCGUCGAGCAACGUGGUUUCUUUAGACCUUCAGAUCAACAAUGGGUUUCGUUAGAACGUAUACAAUUUGUUGGUGCUUGUAAUCCACCUACUGAUCCUGGUCGUAAACCACUUUCACACAGAUUCCUUCGUCAUGUACCUGUUAUAUACGUUGAUUACCCUGGAGAAACAUCACUGAAACAGAUUUAUGGUACCUUCAGUCGAGCUAUGUUAAGAAUGACACCAUCUUUACGUGGUUAUGCUGAACCUUUAACGAAUGCAAUGGUCGAAUUUUAUUUAUCAUCUCAAGAUCGAUUUACGCAGGAUAUGCAACCACAUUAUGUUUACUCUCCUCGUGAAAUGACACGAUGGGUACGUGGUAUUUGCGAAGCUAUCCGACCAUUAGAUUCAUUAUCUGCUGAGGGUUUGGUCCGAUUAUGGGCACAUGAAGCUCUUAGAUUGUUCCAAGAUCGUUUAGUAGAAGAAUCUGAAAGACGUUGGACCAACGAAAAUAUUGAUGCUGUAGCAAUAAAACAUUUCCCUGGUGUUGAUGCCGAGAAAGCAUUAAUACGACCAAUCUUAUAUAGUAAUUGGUUAUCAAAGGACUAUGUUCCAGUUAAACGCGAAGAAUUGCGUGAUUAUGUAAAAGCACGAUUGAAAAUAUUCUAUGAAGAAGAAUUGGACGUUCCACUUGUAUUGUUUGACGAAGUUUUAGACCAUGUAUUACGUAUUGAUAGGAUAUUUAGACAACCUCAAGGACAUUUAUUGUUAAUCGGUGUUUCCGGUGCAGGAAAAACUACGCUAUCACGUUUUGUUGCAUGGAUGAAUGGAUUGUCAAUUUUCCAAAUCAAAGUUCACAACAAGUACACUGGUGAAGAUUUCGAUGAAGAUUUGCGUGCUGUAUUACGACGCAGUGGUUGUAAAGAUGAAAAAAUAUGUUUCAUUUUGGAUGAAUCAAAUGUUUUGGACUCUGGAUUCUUAGAAAGAAUGAAUACAUUAUUGGCUAAUGGUGAAGUUCCUGGCUUAUUUGAAGGCGAUGAAUAUACAACUUUAAUGACACAAUGUAAAGAAGGUGCUCAAAGAGAAGGUUUAAUGUUAGACUCUAAUGAUGAAUUAUACAAAUGGUUUACCGGACAAGUAAUGCGAAAUCUCCAUGUUGUAUUUACUAUGAAUCCAUCAACUGAUGGUCUAAAAGAUCGUGCGGCCACUUCACCUGCUCUAUUUAAUAGGUGUGUACUUAAUUGGUUUGGAGAUUGGUCCGAUGGUGCUCUAUUCCAGGUCGGAAGAGAGUUUACAAACCGAGUUGAUUUGGAUAAAGCACAAUGGAAAGCACCAGAUUUCUUCCCACAAUCGUGUAGCUUAUUACCAGCAACACCAAACCAUCGUGAUGCUGUUAUUAAUGCAUUUGUUUAUGUGCAUCAAACUUUACAUAAAGCUAAUAGUCGAUUAGCAAAACGUGGUAGUCGUACUAUGGCAAUUACGCCUCGUCAUUAUUUAGAUUUUAUACAUCAUUUUGUUAAACUUCAUAAUGAAAAACGUAGUGAUCUUGAAGAACAACAAUUACAUCUUAAUGUUGGUUUGAGUAAAAUUGCAGAAACUGUGGAACAAGUUGAAGAAAUGCAAAAAUCGUUAGCAGUCAAAUCACAGGAAUUGCAAGCUAAAAAUGAUGCCGCUAAUGCAAAAUUAAGACAAAUGGUAAAAGAUCAACAAGAAGCGGAAAAGAAGAAAGUUCAAAGUCAAGAAAUUCAACAACAGUUAGCUGAUCAAACUGUUCAAAUUGAGAAAAAACGCAAAGAUGUCAUGGCAGAUUUAGCAUUGGUAGAACCAGCUGUUAUUGAUGCCCAAGCAGCUGUGAAAUCAAUAAAGAAACAACAUUUAGUGGAAGUUCGUUCCAUGGCGAACCCACCAGCCCUUGUGAAAGUAGCAUUGGAAUCUAUUUGUCUACUUCUUGGUGAAAAUGCUAGUGACUGGAAAUCAAUUCGCGCUGUUAUUAUGCGAGAUAAUUUCAUCAAUUCAAUUGUUUCUAAUUUCAGUACUGAGGAUAUUAGUGAUGAAGUUAGAGAAAAAAUGAAAACACGAUAUAUUAGUAAUCCAGAUUAUAAUUUCGAAAAAGUAAAUCGUGCAAGUAUGGCUUGUGGACCUAUGGUUAAAUGGGCUAUUGCUCAGAUUGAGUAUGCCGAUAUGUUAAAACGUGUCGAACCAUUAAGAGAAGAAUUACAUUCAUUAGAAGUUCAAGCUGAAACGAAUAAAGAUAAGGGUGAAGAAGUUAAGAAUUUAAUUGCACAAUUGGAACAAAGUAUUGCUUCGUAUAAAGAAGAAUAUGCUCAGUUAAUUGCUCAAGCACAAGCAAUUAAAACCGAUUUGGAAAAUGUACAAGCUAAAGUAGAUCGUUCAAUUGCGUUAUUAAAAUCACUUGUAAUUGAACGUGAACGAUGGGAAGCAACAAGUGAAACAUUCAGAUCACAAAUGUCAACAAUUAUUGGUGAUGUUCUUUUAUCAGCAGCCUUUAUUGCAUAUGGUGGAUACUUUGAUCAACAUUAUCGACAAAACUUGUUUGCGACAUGGUGUCAACAUUUAUUACAAGCAAAUAUUCAAUUUAGACCAGAUAUUGCUCGAACAGAAUAUUUAUCAAAUCCAGAUGAACGUCUAAGAUGGCAAGCAAAUGCUUUACCAACAGAUGAUUUAUGUACUGAAAACGCUAUUAUGUUGAAGAGAUUUAAUCGUUAUCCUUUGAUAAUCGAUCCAUCUGGACAAGCAACUGAAUUUAUUUUGAAUGAAUUUAAAGAUAAGAAAAUUACAAAAACUAGUUUCUUGGAUGAUUCAUUCCGCAAAAACUUGGAAUCAGCUUUACGAUUCGGAAAUCCAUUACUUGUACAAGAUGUUGAAAAUUAUGAUCCAAUUUUAAAUCCUGUAUUGAACAGAGAAUUACGACGUACCGGAGGUCGUGUAUUGAUUACACUUGGUGAUCAAGAUAUUGAUUUGUCUCCAUCAUUUGUUAUAUUCCUAUCAACGCGAGAUCCAACUGUUGAAUUUCCACCAGAUAUUUGUUCUCGUGUUACUUUUGUUAACUUUACUGUUACCAGAAGUUCAUUACAAAGUCAAUGUUUGAAUCAAGUAUUGAAGGCUGAACGACCUGACAUUGAUGAAAAACGAUCAGAUUUGCUUAAAUUGCAAGGUGAAUUCCAUUUGAGAUUGAGGCAGUUGGAAAAAUCAUUAUUACAAGCAUUAAAUGACGCCAAAGGUAAAAUUUUGGAUGAUGAUUCAGUAAUUACCACAUUAGAAACAUUAAAACAAGAAGCUGCGGAUAUUGGACAGAAAGUAGAAGAAACAGAUAAAGUUAUUGGGGAAAUUGAAACAGUCUCACAGCAAUAUCUACCAUUAUCUCAGGCUUGUAGUAAUAUGUACUUUACAAUGGAUAGUUUGAAUCAAGUACAUUUUCUUUAUCAAUACUCAUUACAAAUGUUCUUGGAUAUAUUUAGUUCAGUUUUAUUGAGUAAUCAUAAAUUGGAUGGAAUUGUUGAUUACGCGGCUCGUCUAAGUGUUAUUACAUCUGAUUUGUUCUCAGUGUGUUACGAACGUGUAGCUCGAGGCAUGCUUCACACAGACAGGCUUACCUUUGCUUUAUUAUUGUGCCGAAUCCAUCUAAAAGGAAUACCCUCUGAACCUAGUCUAGAUCAGGAAUUUACAUUCUUCUUAAGAGGAAGAGAAGGUGUUAUGACAUCAUCCAGAACGCCCACACUUACUGAUGGAAUGACUGCAGAACAAUAUGAAUCUAUGAACCUGUUAUCAACCAGAUUACCAGCAUUCAAAAAAUUACCAGUAAAAAUAAGCGAAAUGCCAGAAUUUGGAGCUUGGUUACAACAAGGUACUCCAGAACAAAGUGUCCCACACUUAUGGGCAGAAGAGAAACCUUUAAGCAAAAUUGGUAUAGCCAUGCAUCAAUUACUUUUAAUACAGGCAUUCAGACCUGAUCGAGUGAUUGCUGCAGCAUCGAUAUUAGUAUCAGCCGUUUUAGGUGAAGAUUUCAUGCCAAGUGCAGAAAAAGAAUUAGAUUUUGGUGAAUGUGUUGAAAAAGAAUUACGCGCUAAUGUACCAGCUUUGCUAUGUUCAGUACCUGGAUACGAUGCUUCCGGACGUGUGGAUGAUUUAGCAGCAGAAUUAAACAAACAAAUUGCAAGUAUUGCUAUUGGUUCUGCGGAAGGUUUCAAUCAAGCUGAUAGAGCCAUUAAUAUGGCUUGUAAAUCUGGAAGGUGGGUAAUGUUGAAAAACGUACAUUUAGCACCACAAUGGUUGGUUCAACUUGAAAAGAAAUUGCAUUCCCUACAAGUACAUGCCGGUUUCCGGUUAUUCUUAACAAUGGAAAUUAAUCCAAAAGUUCCAGUUAAUUUAUUAAGAGCUGGACGAAUAUUCGUAUUUGAACCUCCACCUGGUAUUCGUGCAAAUUUACUACGAACAUUCAAUACAGUACCAGCAAGUCGAAUGAUGAAAGCACCAAACGAAAGAGCACGUUUAUACUUCCUUCUAGCUUGGUUCCAUGCUAUUGUACAAGAACGUUUACGAUAUUGUCCAUUAGGUUGGUCCAAAUACUACGAAUUUAAUGAAUCUGAUCUUCGUGUUGCUUGUGAUACUUUGGAUACAUGGAUUGAAGCUACAUCUAUGGGUCGAACUAAUUUACCACCAGAAAAAGUACCAUGGGAUGCAUUAGUUACUUUAUUAUCACAGUCAAUUUAUGGUGGAAAAAUUGAUAAUGAUUUUGAUCAAAGAUUAUUACAUUCCUUUUUAACGAAACUAUUCACACCAAGAAGUUUUGAAACCGAUUUUCCAUUAGUUAUUAAUGUUGAUGGGCCAGGAGAUCAACGUCACAUUACAAUGCCAGACGGCACAAGGCGUGAUCAUUUCUUAAAAUGGAUUGAAAGUUUAGCUGACCGUCAAACUCCAUCAUGGUUAGGAUUACCCAAUAAUGCUGAAAAGGUAUUGCUUACGACUCGUGGUACUGAUUUAAUAAGUAAAUUAUUAAAAAUGCAACAACUCGAAGAUGACGACGAAUUGGCAUACACAAAUGAAGAAGGUUUAGAUUCAAACAGAGACAGUAUACGUCAAGAAGAUGGCCGUCCUGGUUGGAUGAAAACAUUACAUAAUUCUGCGACAACUUGGCUAAAAUUAUUACCGCAAUCAUUGCAAACAUUGAAACGGACAGUAGAAAAUAUCAAAGAUCCCUUGUAUAGAUAUUUCGAACGUGAAGUAAAUUCUGGAGCGAAAUUAUUACAAGAUGUUAUUCAUGACUUACAAGAUGUUGUUCUCAUUUGUCAGGGAGAAAAGAAACAGACUAAUUACCAUCGCACAAUGUUGAGUGAAUUAGUUCGUGGUAUUUUACCAUCAAAUUGGAGGCGUUAUACAGUUCCAAGUGGUUGUACUGUAAUUCAAUGGAUUACUGAUUUCAGUCAAAGAAUUAAACAAUUACAAGAAGUAUCACAAUUAGUUUCACAGUAUGGAGCUAAAGAAAUUCAGAGUUAUCAUGUUUGGCUUGGUGGAUUAUUAAAUCCUGAAGCAUAUGUAACAGCAACUCGACAAUGUAUCGCCCAAGCAAACAGUUGGUCAUUAGAAGAAUUACAUUUAGAUGUCACAAUUGCUGAUAGCAAUCAAGUAAAUCAAGAAUCAUCAUGUUUUGCUGUACGAGGCUUAAAAUUGCAAGGUGCUCAAUGUCGAAAUAAUCAACUAUUUUUAACAUCAACAAUAAUGAUGGAAUUACCAUUGACAUUAUUACGAUGGGUGCGAAUAUCUUCUGAUGAAAUGAAUAACAACAAACUAUCAUUACCCGUCUACUUAAAUUCUACUAGAACAGAAUUAUUAUUCACUGUAGAAUUAAAUAUGGCACCCGGACAAGAACAACAUAGCUUCUAUGAACGUGGUGUAGCAGUUUUAACAUCUACAGCACUUAAUUAAAUAGCUUAUUAAUAAUUAGAUAAUUUGAUUAGCGAUAUUCAUAUUUUUUUAUGCACGAUAUUUACAAGAUGUCUUUGAACUCGGAGAUUGUAAAUGAAUUUACUGACCAAAAUCGUAGGAAAGACAAUCUUCAAGACUAUAUUUACGAAAACUUUUGGAAGGGUAAUAAUUUUUAAAAAGAUAUUUAUUUAUUUAUACACUUAUAACUGUUGCUUUUUUAUACAGUCGAUUAGAAAAGGUUAAGGAUGCAAUUAAUUUUUAAAUGUGAUUUUUAAUCGAACAUAAAAUGAUCAGUAUCUUUUGUUAUAUUCAUUUAUUUCAUGUAUCACCAUGACCGAACAGAAUGCAUGCAUUUAAACAACAGAAACAAAAAUACUGGAUCAAAGCUUUAAAAAACUUAUGCGAUAUAGAUAGCAAAUA